UGAUAACUUUCAAAUAUAAAAAUUCAUUUGAAAUUCUCCUGAAUAUAAUCAAUUUGCACAAAUUCAACGUACAAUCCUUAUAAUCUAAAUAUAUAUAUUUUUGAAAAAAAUGGUGCACUUUCCUAUGUGUGAGCCAAAUUAUGAUUUACCACAAACGCUUAGCGCCAUUUUCGAAACCGAAUCGGAUGUAGUGGAGACCGAGCAGGACAAAUUAGAUCAAGCCAGUAAACUACAAAGUGCCGAAUAUGAAACCGAUUAUUACAGAGUGCUUCCAUUGUUGUCCUUCAAGAACGAUCAUCGCGAAAAGGUUUUGUCAUUGAAGGAAAAUGAAUAUUUGCGUUUACGCUGGCAAAAGUUCUUAACCAAAAUACCAAAACAUUACAUACGCAUUCGGCUUUAUAGCGACCAACAAAAAAUACCGAUUACCCCACGACGUUUAGUACUGAACGGUUGUUUUUAUGGUGUAGAUAACAAGUUGUCACCGGUACCGAUUAUUCCCGAUCCGAGAAUGUAUGAGAAAAUCACUUCUAAAAAUAUAGACAAUGGACAAGGCAAAGAAGUAAAGACGAGAGAUAAAAGUCGGCGUCCUUUAUAAGAAAAGUGGGUGACAUAAAAAACAAGAAAAUAAAAAUUGUUGUUAUUAUUUUGUA